GCAUCUGCUGCCAACUGGAGUAACUUCUAUUCCCGUCUUAAAUAACCUUACUAGAACUUCCCAAAAGAAGCAAUAUCGUCACUGUGAAUGGAAAAACUACGGCAAAACUUUUGAAAGUCUGGUCGGAGUAACUUGAAAGUGACAGCUGGCCCGAAAAGGAUUUUUAAAGCGUAAUUAUUUAUUUGGAGAACUAGUCAAAAGGUUGCAACUGGAUUUACACGAUCACUUUUCUAACAGUCUUCACAUCAUGGUACAUAAAUAUGAUACCAGAAGAGCAGUUGGGCUACUGAAACAGUACCAGGCUACUCUGACCAGCCCAGAAGAGCAGACCCUGAAGACCAGCGUGGAGAAGGUCUCUUCCAUCUUUGGCAGUCAUCUUUUUCAGGCUCUGUUGGAUAUUCAGGAAUGCUACGAGGUUACCCUGCAAAUGAAUGCAGCGCAAAAUGGAGUUAAAGACCGCAUCUCUGUGGACACAUGGGAGACCUCGGGUGAGGAGGGUGUGUCACGGGUGCGAGUGACCAGCAGGAGGAGCUCACAGAAGGUGGAGAGAGUGGCUGGACUGGUAAGCCGCUCUCAUAUAGAGACACCAAAGACCUCGGGUGAGGAGGGUGUGUCACGGGUGCGAGUGACCAGCAGGAGGAGCUCACAGAAGGUGGAGAGAGUGGCUGGACUGGUAAGCCGCUCUCAUAUAGAGACACCAAAGGUCAGUGACUGCUAA